AUGCCCACCACAACUGCCUUUCCCGAUCUAACCCCCAAAACAGCCAUUCCACUGAGGCGGGGAGAGGAGGGGUGUGUGUGACUGAGUGGGCUGCACAACUAAGGAACAGAUUUAACUUGACCCUCCCCAGUUACCACUGUAAAAUCGAGCAAAAUGAAUUAUGUUGCCCCUGUCUUUGUCUGCUUGGAGGAUGAGGGUGAAGGGGGGGGGGGGGGGGGGGACUUAAUAAAUUGCAAGUUCCCAAGCUUAGCAGAAGACUGAGUGUUCAGUGUUCACUGACAGCAACCGAGGAGACUGAUAGCCCAGUAUUCUAUAUCCAGAGCCCAAUCCGUCACUGCCUCAAUCAUCACCAAUCGCCGGACUCAAAAUAUGGAGACAAUACUCCCCAUUGGCCCCAGGCAUAUGGGACAGAGAAGACAAUUUGUACAGACAGACAUAUUUGUGUUGGGUGGCACUCAGUCAUAUUUCACAUCACCACAUGUCGUCUUGGGAGAGAUUUUUUUUGUCCAAGGUUCCUUUCACUAUAACCUAUCAUCAUUCACAAUCCCUGAGGUCAAUGAAUAUGGCUGACCUCUUAUUUCUUAUUUUUAGAGACCAAAAUAGUUGUUGUGAAAUGAGCAUUCAAUUCAGCAUCAUUUUACUGAGCCUUGUGGAAUAGUGUCAGAUAGUUCAAACAAGGGCCUCACAGAGCAUUUACCCUGUUGCAGAAUGUACAGGAACACGCUAUCUAACACGUUGAACGGCGGUGACAACAUGGCGACUCGUGUAAAUAUAUACAGACACCGGACUUAGCCUGCUCUUCGUCUCACUGCUAAAUCUCAGCCGCCAGUUCAUUGGAUCCCACAACAGAAACAAGUGUUUCUCGCCAGCUGCCCUUAAACGUGUAAACAAUUAGUUGGCUUGAGCGAGGCCACAAUCUUUAUGACCCCCAUUAGAAGUGUGCAGGUGACCAACUAAUGGUUUCAGCUGUGGCCCACUCAUUAAGUUUGCAGAGGUAUGUGUGUUGCGAGGACCAGGGUGCUGCUUUGAUUUGCAGUCUAGGGGCAGGUGUGCCUCGGCUAAACCUGUCGCAAACACUGGACAGGGAGAAAGUCUAGUAAAAAAUACUGUUGCAAUCAGAGGAAAUAGCUGACACAAAAUAGUGAAAAAGUAAAGGCGAGAAUUCACAUCUUUUUAUAGAUUAUUUGGUGCGUGCUACAUGCCAAAUAAAGUAACAUAUGGCUUAGGUCUUGAUACACAGUAAAAGUUGUGGUCCAAUAUGGAUAGGGCAUUAUUUUCCCCAUAGUUGAUGUUAAGUAAGUGUUUGCCCACAUGUUUUGAUUUGCAUUUAAGUUUGAAAUAAACACACUGUCUGUAUCCAUCACCACUGUUGCGCAACUUGUUCCACAUGUGUGUGCACUGUGCAAUGCUUUUGUGAGAGAGGCUGCAAUUCCAGUUGAGAAAACAGACUAACUGUUGGUGUUUGAUUUUCAUUUGUGAACCCUAAUCGUGUGUGUCAUUUUUUAUUCACCCAGCCAGCUCAGAGAAACAUUACCCCAUUGGCCAAAAGCCGUGUAGUUGUCUUGUGGCAACUACCAAACAAUUAGACGAAAGGGAUUUUUACGCUAUGAUAACGCUCUUUUUAGGGUUAGAGGAAAAGGUAGCAGUAUUUCUACCAGUGUGUAGAAGUGUGUGUUUGUACAGUAUGAGUGUGUACCAAUUAGUACACAGUGAGCAGUGUUCCAUGUGUGAACGUGACGUAAAUGUAAAAAACGAGUUGUGCCGUGGAUCUAUAAGCAUAUCUGUGUGGGUGUUAGCUGUAGACUUGUUUGUGUGGUUUUGUAGGCCAGUACUUUUCAAAUCCACUUUACAAGGGCGGCAGGUAGCUUAGUGGGUAAGAGCGUUGUGCCAGUAACCGAAAUGUCGCUGGUUCUAAUCCCCGAGCCGACUAGGUGAAAAAUCUGUUGAUGUGCCCUUAAGCAAGGCACUUAACCCUAAUUGCUCAUGUAAGUCGCUCUGGAUAAGAGCGUCUGCUAAAUGACUAAAAUGUAAAUGUAAGUAGUAUGUCAUAUUAUUUGAAGAGAUGCUCAUUCCUUUCUACGUCAAUAGAAAAUACAAAUUUUCUGAUACAGUAUUACCAGUAUGGUUCUGUAGGGUAGUACUUUUCAAAUCCACUUCACAAGUAGUAUUUCGUAUUCUUUGAAGAGAUGCUCUUUCCUUUCUAUUUCAAUACUUUUCUGAGGAAGAGAGUGGAAGGGAAGAGUGGCUUUUGUAUCGCUCUUCUGAAGACAAUGUGAAACUGUGAUUUUUCAAUCUCUGUUUCCUUGUGAAGUAAUUGAUUCCUCUUACACAUCAAUGUAGUGGCAACAUCUCUCUUCUGAUUAAUGAAUUCUGUUCAGAUGUUAUCAAUGCACAGUGACACUGACGUUUUCAAUUGCACUUGUAAGAUUGUGAGAUUGGGUUGCUCACUGACUAGCCAAAUCAUGCACUGGAUUUUGAAUUCUAAAACGGCAUAAUGAGAUUCCUCAAACCUGAUUGCUCAAAUACUGACAGAUGUUGAACUACGAGGCAGCUUAUUGCUUAGGGAUGGGAUAGUUCAUUGGGGCAGUUAGAGUAGACCAUAUAUGUGAUUUGUUUUCCACUAUGAUGGUGCGUUUUUUGUUUGGAUUUCUUAAGGCAAAGCAUUGUUGUAGCGGCGUAACAACCUUGCAAUAUGUGGGUAAUAUUAAAUGGUUGGUCCUAUAUUGUGAGAGGAGAGAGAAGAGUAGAUGUCUAAGGGAGUGUGGUGAUCUGUUUCAUCAGAUGACAUAACUACAGACUGAAAGAAUCCGAGUCUACCCAUCCUGCCUACUGAGGGUUUAGUGUUUCAAAACACACACACACACACACACACACACACACACAGGCGAGGGCUGUCCUCCUGCCGUGUUCCAGGCUUCCACUCAUUAGCUCAUAUUACACGGCUAAUAAGAGCUAACCAAACAAGCACUAGGGAGGGAGCGGCCCUGACUGGGCAAAUGUAUGCCAGAGUAAUUGUGUAUCGGCUGAAUAAAUUACACUCUUCCUUAUGCACACACACACACACACACACACACACACACACACACACACACACACACACACACACACACACACACACACACACACACACACACACACACACACACACACACACACACACACACACACACACACACACACACACACACACACACACACACACACACUCAUACCAACAUUUGCAUAUAUUUCAUGUGAUCUCCCCCACCCCCCCAACAUUUGCUGGUGCAAUUAGUGUAGGUCUAAAUCUAGAUAGGUCAAUGUUCCUUACAUUGUUUUUUCCAUGCUGUUUUAUUCUGAUAUCCCCCCCCCCCCCUUUUACUAUCUCCUUUGGUUUCGUCCUUGGUUUUAUACUCAACAUCUUCUCUGUGUUAGUCCUAUAGCUUUGUCACCUACUGUCCUCUCCAGGGACAGACCAAGUUGCAACCCAGAGAGGGGUGGCCGUACAACCACCACAGAGGUUGUGGAAUUUACAGUUCCACUAUUCAUUAGAUUAACACAGUGGCAGUAGGCCAGAGAGAGGAUAUUUUGAAUACUCUGCUUGCAUCCCAUUUGUAUAAACAAAGCAAUGGUAUAUGGCUCAUUAGGCUGUCCUGCAGGAAGCAGCCGGCCACGCUGGUUAAAGACUCCACCGCUCAGUCGGUCGGUCAGUCACACCCCAUCACCCAGCUGAUUAAUGCUGGAGGGGUGCGGGCCGUGUCCACUGUGCCCACUCUGGUGGCACAGGGGAUGCGCUCUACCCAGGGGAGAGUGGGGGCGGUGGGGAGGGCAACCACUGAUCACUCCCUUAAAGCUACAAUCUGGAAGAUUUACCAGCUGCUCAUGGGUACUAUUUCACAGCUAUAUGCAGAACAAUGUAUUUGUAUACAUGUACGUACACGCACACACACACACACACACACACACACACACACACACACACACACACACACACACACACACACACACACACACACACACACACACACACACACACACACACAAUCAACAGUGUCCAUUAUACAGGGAGAGCCCUUCUUCUGCAUGUUCAUUAGUAGAUCAUUUCAGAGCAGGAGUCUCAGUGCUUAAUAUCCAUUUCCCUGAAGUGUGCAAGCCCUCCAGCAGUGAGGACUUUAGCCCGGGGUUACCUUUUUCAUUUAUCAUAAUUAGAAUUUGCUGCAUUGCAUUAAGCCGAUACUGCCGAAGAAUGCACACUUUGACGACCAUGCCAAUGCUGCAUGGCGGAUAACUGGACCUAAAAAAAAAAAAAAAAUAAUGUAGAAUCUCCUAAAAAAAUUUGAUAAUCAUUUAUAGUCGUUAAAACUACAACUCAAAAUCUUGUUAAAUUCUCUAAUGACUUUAGAUCAAAUGUACCAGCCCAUGUCAAAACUACUAACUCAGUAAACACACUGUCCCUGCAUUGAUAUCAGCCACAGAAUGGACAUGGGCUUUUGGUGUCAGCUGAUUGUGUUGAGUGGACAGGAUGGACAGUUGCUGCUUCACACGUGAUCUUUCCCUUCAGCGGUUACAGUGGGAACGUGUCAAAGCACAUGUAGGGUGGCGCUCCGUCGGAAGAUCUGUUAGCGGUAUUUGUUGUUGGUCUGUCUGUUUGCCUCUGAUUUACACACAGCCUGCGUAGUAGAAACCUGUGUGCCAUCGAUUCUGUUUUUAUUAUACUGAGUACCACUGCCGUGCACUACAGGCUGCCGCGGCCAAGCAUAAUUGGAUGCGGCUGCAAUUAGCAUAAUUGAAAUAAUAACGCUAACAAGCUUUCUGUGUCGAUAGAGUGCAGAGAGAUCUGAAUGUGCUGAGACUGGCUCUGGCACCGCUGCCGUUGCUGGAGGUCUCAACGUAUCACCAAUGUUCUUGUGUAGCUUCAUAAUUGGGGUAAUGGUGUCGAAGGGGGGUUUAUACAUGUAAUUGGAGGUGGGAAGUGAUAUGAUAGUGAGGGCUGUUUCUCGCUCUAGUCUUAUUUUAAUUGUUAGGUAGUUAAGUAUAAUUUUGAGGUUGUUUACCAGAAUAUUUAUAUGUAGGCCAUGGCAAUAGUACGGUCACCUAAUGUUUGUGUUCAGCAGAAAACCUAGCAACUUCGUGGGAUUUUUCCUCUAUCAACUUUUUAGUCUUAGUUUUUUGACUUCUUGAAGGAUUUGUAAGGAGGGUAUGCUAGAGUGGAAAAAGUCCCCAAUCAGUCCCACAGUUCAUAUUUAGUAGCACUGAAACCAUGACGUCAGAUAGGCCCCAACUCUCUUUCUCUCUUAUCUCCCCCCGAUGUAAAACUCCAUCCUCCCUUGAGCAACCUUUCGUCUUUGAGUCCAGGAAUUCGCUUUCAACAAACUGGGUUACAAAUGAGGCAGUAAGCAUUGGUAAUGGGGUGCAGAAAAGGUCACGCCUGUAUUAAUCUAGCGUCUGCGGAAUAUACCCAUGAGUGCUGAGAGAAAGCAACCAGGCAACUUUCCAAAAACACUCUCUCCGCCCUCCAAGAAAAAUGCGGCACGGGAAUAAAUAUUUGUACAUUAACUGCUUUGUGCUUGUGUGGCACAUGAGGAUGUGUGAAACUUACUCCUCAGCCUGAACUGUCCCCACUUACGCCAGCGAAUAGCUAGCUUUUCACGUGGCGCCACUGGAAGAUGCUUCAGGAGGGCGGUCAAGUGUGCUAGCAAAGCAGAGAUCCUGGGUUCGAACCUUGGUGUGAGCCGAAUCAGGAGGAAGUGGUACUUGCUAAGCAAGCAGCGUGACAUCCAUUACACUUGGAAUCUCAUAUUGAUCAUGGUUAUGUUUUUGUUAGUGUAGAUAAAUGAGAUAUCAGCAACCAAGUUGAACAGAGAUUGAUACCAAAACAUUAUGAUAUUUAGAUGUUUCAUUGAUUUAACAAUAGAGCUCCUAUAGCAAUUACGCUCAUGCAUCCUUGAACAUUUUCCUGAAUGAUGAAUCGAUUAUUGGAUUAAAAAAUGGGUUUAUUUUGAAGCUAUGAGAUAGGCAGAGAUGCAUGAGAUAUCUUACUCAAAGAAUAGCUCUCUGUCCAUGGCCUAGAGAAGUUAUGCACAGUCCUCCAGAGCAUAAGGUACAUGUAAAGGAAAUCAGUCCAAAUCAGUCUAUGACACACUGCAAUCUGUCAUUUAUUUUCUUCACCUGAAGACAUGAUUCCGCACCAUUUUAUUUUUACAUAUGUUUAUGCUAAUUUCCAUUUUGUUUCUUUUGUAUGUUUCUUUUGUAUGUCUCAACUUUUUUUUUGUUGCAAGUGGUUAUCAAUAUUCACUACAAUUUGCCAUUAAUAGUGACAGGUCAAGACUCGCUGUGUGUGUGACAACAUCAUCCAUUCAGCUUUCUCUCUCUCCAAAAUCAAUUGAAUUAAAUUCAGAUUGUUAAAAACCUUCCAUAUUAAUUCCUCUCCAAAGCUUUGAAACCUUUUCAAUUCUAAUUCAUCAUCUAUUCCACACCAUGUCAGCUUUGAAUUGGCAUUCACUUCAAAACUUCACUUUUAAUCUAAAUGAACUCCAACCCUGGUUAGCAGUGUGUGCGUGGCGUGUUAGCAGACAUCCUCUAAAUCAAUGGUGAAAAGGGACGAGUGUGUGUGUGUGUGUGUGUCUGCGUGUGCGUGCAUAUGGCGUACGCCGAGUGUGUGGAGGUCUUUUAUUCUCCUGGCCCAGGGGAUGCAGGGCAGAGUUUGACUGACAGGUCAGGGAAAACUGGAGUGGCACGGUUGCCAAGCCGAAUGGUAGCCCACAGCGCUUGGCACGAACCGAGGCAGACGCUGCCUUCUGGGGUCCCUGCUACCUAGCCAAAUUCACAUUGUUAAGGUGGUCGAGGAGACUAAUAACACAAAGGAACGUGUGGCACACACAGGGAACGUGAAGAGAGGGCCAAGUGUCUUUUAUCUAUCACUCUCUCUCUCCUUCUUUUAAUCUUUUCAUCAUUUGUGUUUUGGUGGAUAUUUUUUUGUUUUGAAAGAUUACCUGGUUUUUUUUGUGCAGUUGGUGCUGAUAGUAGGUAUUGACCUGACUAAGAUCCAUUUUUGUCGGAAGAAUGAACACGUUUUGAAACACCUGAAUGUGUAGGUUUCUUUAAAUGAAACCAAGGACUGUAUACUAAUGCUUAUCAGGACUCUAGGUCCUAUUCAAUCACAACUGCUCCAGGGUUUUUCUUUGCGAGCCGUCUUACUUAAAUUAUUGGAGUACUCCAACUUUCUUUUAGUUUCACACAGUAAACAACAUUUGUUUUACCUGCAGAAACAGCUUGUGAUUGAAUAGCGCCUGCUGUGUUUAGAAUUGCUAUGGUGCUCCUUGUCUACAUGGUACUAACCACAUUUCAUCCUUCUCUCUCUCCCAUUUGCUCUCCCCCUGUCCCUGUCCCUCUCUCUCUCUUUCUCAUAUCCAUAGCGGUGUAGGUCUGGCCCGGGCUCACUAUGAAAAACAGCCCCCCUCGAACCUGCGCAAAUCCAACUUCUUUCACUUUGUGUUGGCGCUGUACGACCGACAGGGCCAGCCCGUGGAGAUUGAGAGGACAUCUUACAUAGACUUUGUGGAGAAAGAUAAAGUAAGACCAAUACACAAAGGGGAAUGGGGAGGAGGGCAUGUGUGCCAGGUAUAGCUGGCAUUGGGGAUAAAAGGGUGGCACUGACGCUGGGGCCAGUGUUUGUGGGACAUCAUUCCUUCUGCUUCGUUCAGUGCUAUAGCACAGUGAUGCUUUGAAAUAUGGAAUGUCUAGCACAGAAACUGUGGAUACAUUAAAAUGUCUCUUGAUGUCAAGAUCAAUAUUUUUUCCCUAUAUUGUUAAUUUAUUUAUUAUAUACAGUAUACUGCAAUGUAAUGUAAUGCAUUUCUUUAGUGAAUUAGAUUUUUAUGAAUUUUAUAUCUUUGCAUUCUGAAAUGAUUUAACAGAAUUAUAUUAUAUUUUAUAUACACUAAUUUGAUUAUAUUGAUUAGAAUUUAUUAGAAUUUCAUAAACAGAAUUGUUCACAUUUAUUUUAAGAUAAUAUACUUUAUGUUAAUUGAAUAUUGAUUAUGUCCACCUCAUAAAUAAAUAUCGUUUUUAUUUAAUUAACAGAUUUGACAUAUUGUAAGUAUCUAUUGUUAGUGAUUCAAUACUAAUUCAAAGUAUUUUAGUUUUAGAAAGUACAUUAAGCUUUUGAGAUUUCUUACAAUAACUGAAACUUCCAAAGAUAGAUUGUAAUCCAGAGAGCUGGUUGUGGGUAGAAACCAUUCAGAUAUAGAAGCACUCGCAGUUUCCAAAGAACCUGUCGGGGGGCAGUGAUGAGCAGAAAGCAGGAAAUCUUGAAUGAAAGCAGUUUGAUUCAGCUUUAAAUCAGACAUUAAACUCAAAUAGUAACUUUAUUUAAGGAAUUUUGAUGAUAAGAGGUUACAUGAAGGUAUCAAUUUUUUCAUCAAAUUUUCAUUAAAAUAAUACAAUAUAAGAGAGCAAAUAUGAUGAUUUAAUCAGACAUGCUCAUGAAAAGCAUAUUUGAAAAGCCUUUGUAUUCAUUUUAAGCAGUAGUUUUUAAUGUAAGUUAUUGUACAUUCAUGUGCCGUCUACAGCCUCUUUGUUAUAUAGUUGACCAGUCUAUGAGUCUCUGUCUCUCUGUGUGUGUUCUAUGGUAUUGUUCAGCAGUACCUGUGCUCUCAGUGGUAAUGGUAACCCACUUCUCUACCUGCCGCCUGGGCCAUUCUGCCAUGCUGCCGGGGGGUUGUUCUCAGUAAAAGGUUACAGAGAACAGCUCCGCCCACGGUCAGGAGGGACAGCGGCCAGCUGGCACGGCCGCUCCUCCCGUCCUCCCUGCCCGUUCACCUCUGCCUUGACCUCCAGCCUGCCCCUGGGCCCCUGCCAAGACUCCACGGCACACUUGGCACCGCGCGGCGGAGGGGGAAGGAGCGAAAGAGAGAGAUUGUGAGGGAGGGAAGGAGAAAGAGACAGGGAGAAAGAGAGAGGGAGACAGAGGGAAGCGGAUGUGGCCUCUCUCCCGGUGCCCGCCCGUUGAAGAGGUGACACGAGAUCAGUGAGAGCGACUUGGCCCACCUGGGAGCUGAGGUCAUUGGUGACCAUGGCGACCAACACUAAAUGGGCACUGUCACUUAGACUAGAGAUAAUGUCUCCUCUCUCUAGCUGCAUCUCUCUGUAUAGUUGUGGUAACAGUUUGUCCUUUUGUCGUUGCUGUUUGAUUUAUUCCCGGCUGGACGAUGCAACAGUGAAACAGCUGGUUUGUUGUGUGCGUGUCAGCGACGGGAGUUGGAGGAAAGAUGGAGAUUCCAUGUUGUAUAUCACCAUGGACCUGUGGUGGGAUUUUGGGCCUAGAGAAAUACUCAAAAAUAGCAAGGGCUUAGCAACUUCAUAAAUAUAACUCAAUCAGAGAAUGGUGUGGAUUAUCCUCAGAGUUUAUGGGAAAAGAGAUUAUGUUUUUAAAAACAUGAACCCCCAGAACUAACUUUCCCAGAAUUGCCUUCCUAUACAAAUCUAGUAGAUAUUACAAAUGUUCACUUUAAUUGAUGUUUUCAGUUGCAUACCAUUAUUAGAUGUACCUGUUAUUGUGGACACACAGGCACUGUGAAAUACCUUAACUAACAGCCUUCUGAUUGCAAGUUCAUUCGACCUAAAAUGAAACCACAAGGUAAUAACAGUGGUAUAACAGCAAGUAACCAGUAAUAACGCUGGUUGGUCCCCUGGCCUCUUAGGGGAUUUAAGUGUCCUCUUCAGAUGAUCUCUAAUUGGAUGCAGUGUAUGCCGUAUUAGUCUGGUUAUUCCCUGUGGCACCAGAGUUGGGUUUAAGAUUUCGAUUUGUGGCCCAACAUCUGCUUGGAUUAGGACUGGGAUGUUGGUCUCUUUGGAGAAUUUCAGUGAUAGGGUAGAUUGAGACAGAUGAGUGUAGAUUAGGAAGGCCUAGUUCAUUUUUUUCAGGUAGUUCCUUUUGUUGUGAGAUAUUGGAUUACGUACAAGACCCUUUAUGACAACAUUACAGCAGGGGACUAAUGGGCUGAUAUUGCCUUUGAUUUGGGGUGUCACCUCAAAAGCUGAGCGCCAUCUUAAAAAUGUUCUGUAUUUGUCUUUGGCUCUUUCAGGAGUACAAUGGAGAGAAGACCAACAACGGCAUCCAUUACAGGCUACAGCUUCUUUACAGUAACGGUAAGAACAUGAUCAUCUCUCCAAACAUAUUGCAGUCUUCUUGCUACUCUCUGUGGAAAGAUUAUUUUUAGCACUUUCAGGAAAAACAUUUUACAUUUUAGUCAUUUAGCAGACGCUCUUAUCCAGAGCAACUUACAGGAACAGUUAGGGUUAAGUGCCUUGCUCAAGGGCACAUCAGCAGAUUUUUCACCUAGUCAGCUUGGAGAUUUGAACCAGCGACCUUUUGAUCACUGGCCCAACACUCUAACCGCUAGGCUAGUACAUUAAAUAAAAAAGACAGCAGAAAUAUAAUUGAUAAUCCUUAUCACAUCUGGAAUUAUAUUUGACCACCACCAAAUCCUAAAGUCUGUUUUGGUCAUCGGGGAAAAAACUUGAAAUUUGAACACUGAUCUGUGGUCAUUUUAAAGCACACAGCUUAGAUUCAUGUUACCAUGGAUUUGUUUUGAGACCACAUCCUGAGACGAGACAGAAGACUGUGGGUGGGGUUCAGUACAAUUCACAAGUAACCUAAAAAUGACAUUUUUUAAAAGCACAAAUAAAUUGUGAGAAAACACCAAAGCCUGACGCAAUUACAGGCAAGAAAUAGAAAACCGACUAGCAGUUUCCCAUGGUCCUUUUUGACCACCUACCCCCUGUCGUAUUUAUGCCAUAUUUACGCUCUGUUGCAAAGCUAAUAAAAGAUAAGCAAUAAUGAUUGCUAUUUAAUUUGUCUGUGAAUGAGAAUUCCAAAAAGGCAGCAGGAGCGAGGGGAGUUCGGCAGUUGCAGCCGGGAAAUCAUAAAUAGUAAAAGCUAGGGAGCACAGGCUUGUUUGUUUUUGCUGAGGGGGGUUAGAAAAGCUUGGUCUACAUGACAAGUACCACAGAAAACAUAAAGACACUAUGGGGACACAAAUAAACAGAAUUCAGUUAGAGGACAUUAUUAGAAAUCCAUCUUUUAUGUUUUUAUUUCUGUGAAUGAAGUGAAUUAGCAUUUUAGGCUGAUGUUUAUAUUGUUGUUGCUCGAGACAUUUACUUUGGCUAAACCACACGCCUACUUCUAUGCAAAUUAUUUACAGAGGAAGAUAAUAAUAAAAAUAAUAAUAUGCCAUUUAGCAGACGCUUUUAUCCAAAGCGACUUACAAUCAUGUGCGCAUACAUUUUUACGUAUGGGUGGUCCCGGGGAUCGAACCCACUACCCUGGCGUUACAAGCGCCAUGCUCUACCAAUUGAGCUACAGAGGACCAAGAUGACAUUAAACUUGUUAUUCUAUCAAUGGAUCUUAACAUUUAAAUCUAAAUUGGUGUCAUGUGUUAUUACAGUGUAAUUGCAGCAUAUCUGAUACAUAUUUGUGUUGUGUUGCAGGCAUCAGGACAGAACAAGAUCUGUUUGUACGGUUGAUAGACUCCAUGACCAAACAGGUGAGCAUUCUCCUUACACUGAUCCCAGCCUUUUAACAGGCUACCAGUGUGAACAUUGUUUCCAGUAGCAGUACUCCUCUGCGUAUGAGUCAACCUAUCCCACCUGGGAUUUGAACCCAUGAACACAGACACCCUUCAGUAAUUUUACCUGCUGAGCUAAAGUGCUAUCAAUUUACAGUACCCCAGUGGCAAAUAACUAGUCUUGACCAGUCAGGCUAGAAGACAUAGGGGCAGCCAACACCAAUGUAGCAACCUGGCUCCACCACACACUGUGCUGUACUGUACACUCCUUCCUGCCCUCCCUAUCCCCAGCCCACCAGGUCCUCCCUAUCCCCAGCCCAACAGGUCCUCCCUAUCCCCAGCCCACCAGGUCCUCCCUAUCCCCAGCCCACCAGGUCCUCCCUAUCCCCAGCCCACCAGGUCCUCCCUAUCUCCAGCCCACUAGGUCCUCCCUAUCCUCAGCCCACCAUGUCCUCCCUAUCCCCAGCCCACCAGGUCCUCUCUAUCCCCAGCCCACCAGGUCCUCCCUAUCCUCAGCCCACCAGGUCCUCCCUAUCCCCAGCCCACCAGGUCCUCCCUAUCCCCAGCCCUCCCUGUGUCGCCAUGUCAGGCUGUCACAGAUCGAUGCGGCAACCAGGUCCUCGACAAAGCGCCAGCCACGGAAACCAAUCAAUAGCCCUUAAUGUGCUGCAGCGACGGCGCGCUGGAGACAAUAAUCCUGACAACAACACAAGGAGCUUUCUACCUCGGGUGCGCCACUCAAAUCGCUCCCUCUUGCCUAGACUUGGACAGACAGACAUGCAGACUUUGCAUACUGUAGUGUGUCCACCCGCAGAAAGGCAGCCGUCUAGCAGCCAGAGGGGGGCCCGGGUCUAUUGAUUGGCUGUUGUGUGUUAGGAGCCCAUUCUCAGACACUCCUAUUGGCAAAUUCAAACAUAUUACUGUAUAUAGUGCAUAUACCUGGAAGGCACACAAUAGGAAUACAAAUAAUCUUAUUUUAACAAUGGAUGUGUAGGAAAAUAUAUCUGUUUGAUAUCCUCCUUCAGUCUGCCCUAUCAUCCUCAAAACAGUUGUAUCUUGAUUCUCCUUUUUGCCUUUUUCAACAUGGUGGUAUUACUCACGUACGUCCAUGAUAUACCCCCAUGAAAACUCCCAGACUAGCUCCAGGGGGUGGAGCGGCUACUUGAAUCAGAAAUGAUGAUGUAUAAAUAUCGACCCGAUACCCCCCACACCUCCUCUCCUCUCCACACACACUCCCACUCCCAUUCCCUAGUCCCUGUUGCAAUCCCCACCCCUUCUGGCGAAAUUGGCAGAUUUUAAUAUAGAGGAAGGGAGGCAGGGAGGAAUCAAUAAUGCAGAAGUGGUCGUUAUCCUAAAAGUAUUGUCCCCUUGGGGUGCGUGUGUGUGUGUGUGGGGCAACUGACCACCUAGGUGGAUGAGGUAGGGGUAGGUCAUUGGGUGAGUAAAAUGAGUGGGAUGGAGCACUCCCUCCCUCUCUUCCUCUCUCCAUCCCUCCAUCCCUCCAUCCCUCCGACAGAGGAGGUAUAGAGAGAAUGAAGGAGGGAGCAGCUCCUCUCAGUGGUCAUCCGUCAUCCAGGGCCGACAUGACAGCUCCAGUGAAGGAUGCCCAGGGGGUGGUCUCUCUCUCUUACGGGGCCUCACACGGCCAUCUGUCUGGGAGGGAUGGAGGGGUGGAGGGGUGGAGGGAUGGAGGGAUGGAGGGCCGACCGGGCCGCUCUACACCACGUGGCUCUCCACUAUGGGGGGGCUGCCCCCUCAUCGGCCCCCUCCAUCUCUUCAGUCUAGCCUCCUUUCUCUCUUUAUUAAUAUGAUAUGAGAGUUAGGCAAGCGGUGCUUACGUUAAUAAAGUGCCAUCCAAUUCCAUUGUAGUUAUUUAGCAGACACUGACAACGAACACACACACAAAGCCUUUGCAGUUAUAUGUAGUCAGAACCUUUACAAGGCUAUGAUCAGAAAUUGUACAGGCAAGCACAAGUUCAAGCACAGGGACCCAAUGAAGACUUGUAGGACUACCAUAAGGCUAAACAAACAGAAACACUGGCUUCUCUUUUCCUCUCCGUAGGCGAUCCUCUACGAGGGCCAGGACAAAAACCCAGAGAUGUGCCGUGUCCUUCUCACCCACGAGAUCAUGUGCAGGUGAGUGCCACUGCUAACCAAUAGGGGUAAAUGCAACAUUUAAAGGGAUACUUCACCCCAGAAUCAAAUGAAUGGAAACGAUUGGCACCAUCUAAAUUCAUCUGGGAUUGGGUUCUGCAGUUCUCCUGAUGCAUGUACAAGAAUCUACACAACAUGUACACAUACCAUUGACUCCAGGCUAUUUUAUGGAAAUAAUUAAUGUUUGGGUGAACCCUUUAAGGGAUCACCACAAGGCUCAAGGUUAAAGUCCCAUUGGUCAAAACCAGUGAAUUUUAUUCAAGAAGGGGCAUCCUUAUUCCUCUGUGGGCCAUCGCUUUUCGUGUUAUAUAGUUCUCUCUAUAUAGCCCUAUAGGGUUGUUCUCAUUAAAGAAGUAUAGUUGGAUUGAAUACCAUGCUGAGUCAUUAUCUGCCCACUGUGUGUCUGCCGGAUGAAGGCCCAUGUUGAUGGGGGCUUUGUGUGUUUGUAUGUGUUUUGAUGGAGGUUGGCUGGGCACAAGUCUGUAGGGCGUUGGUUGGGGCCUGGUAGGAGUGAGUGUUAAUUAUGCAAUACAGGAAGUGUGUGUUUGUGUGUGUGCCGCCUUGGACACUGGGGGGUUGAGGAGCUUCAUGCCUUGGCCCACGAGAGGCCUCAGCUGGGUGGAGAAAUAAAAAGAGGGAGGGAGGAGGUUGGGGUCGACACAGCCCUUUGCCUUUUCCACUGACUCAGUCAUCCCUGUUGGAACCCAAUUGCAUAUGCAUCAACUGCUAUUCAAGCAAAACCUUGAUCAGGAAGUUUCUGGGGCAAGACAAUAGAGCAUUUACCCGUGAGAAGGCAAUUGUUGAUUAAUUGAAUCAAUAACUCAGCUAAGUGUUUAAACACAGUUCUAGAAGAAUGCUGAUUUGCCUUACCAUGGAAACCCUCCAUCUGUUAUUUUGGUUGAAUAAGGCUCUAAGUCAUUAUCGUACUAAUUUUAUGACCUAGCUGGGGAAACCAUAUCAUGUAUUAUCUGAGGGUUGUCUCCCAGUUAUCUCAUGCAUCUUGUUUCACAUUUCAAAGCCAAUUUCAAACAGUGCAUGGAGGAACAUUCAACUUUUCAACAUUUAGUUGAAAAAUUGUCGAUACCGAAAAUGUGGGGACUUCUUUGAGCGACGGACCCAUUGUCUCCUCCUUGGAGAUCCCCUCUGAUACGCCGCUUCAUUUUCAUAAUGACGGUUCCAGUCGGCGUCGGUCAUUACGUGAUUGAGUGUGAUUAUUAACCAUCCUUCCCCUAAUGAAUCCUUCCCCUGUUUCCAUUGGUUAAUGAGAAGGGGAUGAAAGAUACGCUCUCUUUCUUCAUCUAUCUCGAUAUCCCCCUCGGUCUCCCAGGUGACAGGGACGUGAUGGCUGAGGUGUCUUUAUCUAGUCCCUCAUGGUGUUGCAACCUGGCUCGCUGCUGUAUAAAGUAACACACUCAAUCUGCAGUGGAAGUAUACUGUAUCAGCUGGUAGGGACCCGCUCAGGCAUGGCCAUGUGGUCCCUGGUGGUGGCUUUUGAGACUUGUCCCUUUGUCCAGAACUCUCUGAAGAUAGAGAGUAGUUCUCUCAUCUUAGAGUUAAAUGCACUGAACCUAUUGAAAGGUUUGACAAUUUAAAAGAUUUGCAAUGAGUUUAUUAGUCGUUAAUUAGAUAGACAUGACGACAUUAUAGAUUUUGGGAUCAAAAUGGAGACCCUUUAUUUACAGUGUUUAAAAAAAUAUUUAUAUUUAAGUAUUUUAAAUAUCACUACUUGACAUACACAAAACUAUAAACUUAACUAUGUCAGUAGUUGAUUAGCAAAUAGAUGUUAAGUGUCAUUGUAUUCCAUGUAAUGUGACAUGCAUUGGCUCAUAAUAUCAACACAGCAUUCUUUAAUUUGAGACUGGCUCUUCCAAAACCACCAAACUGGGCUUUGUGGUAGUCAGUUGGCGUGGGUCAGUCAUUCGAGGACUGUGCUAUGGGUACACAGGCUAGCCAGGACUGGGUUCUGUGCACCAGCCCCGGUGCCAGGCUGGAAGAGGGCACGCUGUGUGAGAGAGAAAGGCUUGCCACGGGCGUCCUCUCCCAGCCAAGCCGGCUGUCUGCCUGCCGUCCUGCCGCAUAUCAUUAGGUCUGGCCACGGCCCUCAUGUUUGGGCUGGGUAAUUACAGCUCUUGCCCUUUGAAAACAAGCCCUCCAUUGACAGCCAUUCACUGUGUUCGCAUCUUAUCACAGGCCUGUGAUCCAACAGACUCGCUCUGUUCUCCAUCCCUCUGAUGCUCGUCUUCAGGUUCCUCAGGGAGCCUUUGAAGGCUUCUCUUGUUUUUUAAAGCUAAACUCUGAUAGUUCAGCUUCGAACACUCCUUUUUUAGUGCUUAAGUAGAUUCCACUUGUGGGGAUCAUUUGAAGUAUGCCUGGCUGGCUGGAGAGCCAAUGGUAAUGAUUCUAGUGACCAGCCAAGGCAGGCUGCCCAUCUUGGGCUAAAACUGGCAUUCCAGGCUCACUUCUUAUUGUAGAUUCGGUGUGGAUCCUUUUUGCUAGAUUGACAAAUCAUCAAGUAGGCUAUCUGUGAUUUUGGCCUCUCUGGUUUCGUUACUGUGGCGCUCACUGGACCAGCACUGCUCAUGCUUAGGCUCAUGGCUUGAGUAGUAACGCUGACUGGAUAUCCAGUCUAGUUGUUUUGUAGGACUCGUCUGACUUACUGGCCUGUGUUCUCAGUCAUUAGCUAGCUAGGGUGUUAGCCUGUUUGGGCCCUGGGGGGAAACGUCAUUAAGGUGAUAUUGUGGACGCUCAGCCAAGGUUUGUUUUCGUGUGCGAAGGUCCCGGGUCCCCCGAGGGGCCUGGCAGUGCUCCUGGGGUCCAGUUUGUUUAUAACACUUUCUCAGUUUGAGGAGGUUGUCACCACAGCAGCACCAUUGGGUUUCCAAUGCUAAUUGGUCUCCUGGAACUUUGCUAAUGGUUCCAAGUAGCUGGGAGAAUAAAUUAUUGUGGCGCGUUCUAUGGCAACAGUCACACACACACAAAGACCAGGCAAAAAAACAGUGCUUAGUUUAUGUUUUUCUUCUACUUCUACUAAACGGUGUGAUAAAUGAUUCAUAAAAUGGGUUCAUUUGGCAUUCGGUGGCUCGAUUUGUAGCUUCUUUGUGGCAAUGUGAUUCAUGACAGCAUGGGUGAGUGUGUGAGCAUAAUUGGUCCUCGGCAGGUCAUGCAAUAUGAUUAAUUUUUAAGAAUAAGAGGGUUGGUUUCAAUUAUCUUUAGAAUAACACAUUUAUAUUUAAAAUGGGACCUUAGUUACUGUAGCAACCCACAGAAUCAGGACUCCUAUUUACAUUUGAGUCUCUGCAUGAAACAAAUCAUGUUGAAUGUAAAUGUACAAAAUACAUAUAUUGAAUCCAAAUUCAUUUUCUGAAUCCAAUGUAAUUGACCCUGAAUGGACUGCUAAACUACUAGAAAGUAUGCCACUACCACUACCAACAAAACGGAGUCACACAAAGCAUUGUGUGAACUGAAAAACUCUCUUUGCGCUGUGCUAUUGUUACACUAGACUGAAUCAGAAUCAAUGGGAAAAUGAUCCUCAUUGUCCACCAUUGCAUGGUAACCAACGAGAAGGGCACAUUUGGCUGAAUUCACACCCCCUUUUCUGAAACGGCAUGCCACCACAUGAGCAGUUGGGCAGGGGCAGAGGGGCAGUGGCACAGACCUGGUGGCCAUGGCGGUGUGGCAGGGGUGAUGGCACGGGGGGCAGGAUGGACGAGCGGAGGGGACCGAGAGAGAGAGGUGGCUCAGCACCAGGCCGGCCAUCUCUGGGCGCUGUCCAAACUGUCAACGAGUCACUGAGUGACCUUGGCUGGAGCCCUGGCCAGCUGGAGCGUGGGUCGAGGUGGGGGAAUGGGGGGAGAAAGGGGACAGAGGGGCGAGGGAGGGGAGAACGUGGAUGGCACUCAGCAGAUUGCACAUGGUUCCUCUCUGACUCCAUAGUAUGUCCGCUGUAUGCCCACUGUUACCAGAGAAAGUCCAACAAUUAUAGUAACAAAUUAUAGUAAAUGUUUUCAGUAAACCUGAGUGUGAUAAUGAAUUGUGUCUUAAUUUUUUCCCUAGCCGUUGUUGUGACAAGAAGAGCUGUGGAAACCGCAACGAGACGCCCUCUGAUCCAGUCAUCAUUGACAGGUAAGGACACACACCUUUUAUCCACUUCUUUCUUUCACAGCCACAAAGCAGGCAAGCAGUGGGACCAAGCAGGUAAGCAGGACCAAGGUUUCGUGGUUGUGUCUAUCAUUGGACCUGUCAGGCUGGCUGGGGUAUACUGACCUCCUCCAAAAAGACAGUAGUGGCCUCCGAGGGCACAGGGGUCAUUACCAAAUCCAUGUUGGCUCGUUAGACUGAGCUUUGAGAAUGGCCAGGGGACAGGAGAGCUGGAAGCUCGGAAACCAGAGAUCCACACAUACAGAGUCACAACAAACACACAUGCGCGCGCACACACACACAUAUAUAAACACACACAUAAAUAUAUAAGCACACACAUACAUACAGACAUGUCUUCUUCUCACCUCUUCCUGCCUGUGAUAUGUGUUACAGUCCAAAGCCACACAGAUCAUGUCACACUGUGUUUUCCUAGAUCAGGUUAAGGUCUCAGAUCUCAGUAAAUCUCAUACUAUUCUCUUUAGUCAGACCUCUAGCCAGGGUUGGGGAGUAACGGAUUACCCACAAAGAACGGUAACUGUAAUCCGUUACGUUACCAGCGCAAAAAUAUUGUAAUCACAUUACAGAUUCUUUUUAAAAAACGAAAUGAUUACUUUUAAAUUCAGAAAGGAUGUUUGAGAAAAAAAAUUGUUGACACCUUUGUUUUCUCAAUUACAUUUGAAUCAGCAUUGAAAAAGUUCCUCCUGAGCGAGUCUGACAACAAGUCAGAGACCACGAUGAUGACACCAAAUGUGUUUGAUGGAUCGCGGGAAAAGAGCAGGAAUAGGCUUUUGUAGGCUACAGUCCAAGCUAUGUCUUCCAAUGGUGCAACGACUGUCAGCAUCCAAAGAUUAUCCAACUUGAAUAAACACUUGGAGGACGAAAGCAGUGGUGUAGCCUACAGGCGAUACAGAUUUUACUUAUUAUCUACAUAGCGCAUUGAUGUGAAUCACACUGCUGCCAUCUCAUUUAGCUAUUUGCGCCUUAGGCUACAGAUUGUGGUGGUUGUGGAUGGCUGUUUACAAAUGUAUAUGUGUACUUUAUCCCAAUAAUGGUUAAAUUGAAGAAGCUUAAGCUGCCUAUCAAUCAUUGUUUUUGCGACCAGUGUACAGCCAGUGAAAAAUGCGCUCUUGCAACAGUUGCAUAGUGCUGAUUUAUUAAAAUUUUUACUGUAACCGCCAACCACAGGAACCCGCUCUCAAUGAGUGUAGAUGACAUGCUGCCGCUCUGCUAAUCAUCAGAUGGGGGGAGGAGAGGAGGUAGGGGGCCCAUGUGGGUAACUGGGGGGCCCUGCCUUGGUUGGGUAACUGAUUCAGGGCCGGCCCUAGCCUUUGGGGGCCCUAGGGGAGAUUUGGAUGAGGGGCCCACCCACCUCGCGGGCAAAACACUUUAGUCGCCCCCCUCUUGACGGCAGAGCUAAUUACCUGCAAUUCUACACAUUUUGCCAUGACUUAUGCCAUGUUAAUGAUAUCUGAGUGACCGUGAAUAACAAAAUCAAUGGGGGCCCCCUGGAGGUCAGGGCCCCUGGGCACGUGCCCUGUGUGCCCGGUCAGUAUUUGGCCAUGAUAAUAAUUAGAUAGCUGGCUAGACUAUUUUACCAAUAAAAUAAUUGUUAGCUGACAUGGCUAAUUGAGUGACUAUCAGUGACUGACAUAACAAGAGAAAAACUGCAGAUGCACAACAACAUUUCUAUAUUGCACCUUGUGUAUCAUACUAUUCUAACCCUCAACAGUAAGUUGAGACCUCGACUGAGUGUAAAAACAAUAUUAUGCUCAGGUAAAACAAUUAGGCUAAUCUAUAUUUCCAAGUCCUAUUCUUGAAGAUCAAGGGGUAUUAAAUUAAUUGGAAUGACUGGAAAUCUGGCAGACUUUGGUUUUUAAUGUAAAGAUAUAGCCUAAUUGUAUUAUUAGUUGCAGUAGAAAGCAAUGGGUUAGAAGAAGCCUACAUAACCAACCCAUAAAGUAAAAUGCAACAUCCAUUUAUGGCCAGCUAUGUAAACUCUAACAUUGAUUUAUCCUGCAAUAGAUGUCGUUCAAUUGGUGAUAUUCAUUUGUGUCUUCUUCUUAAAGGGAACGUAAUCUAAAAGUAACUGAAAGUAAUCUGUUUACGUUACCGAUUACAAAUUUGGACAGGUAACUAGUAACUGUAACGGAUUACAUUUAGAAAGUAAUCUGCCCAACCCUGAGCAUAUACGAUUACAAUGACGAUACUUUCAAUCAGCAAAUACACACACACACACCCACACACCCACACCCACAGACCCCAGUGGCGAUCAGUGUCGUUUAGGAUGAGGGAGGACCAUUUUUUUUUUUUUUUAUGAGCAUGGCCUUAUUUCUAUUACAGCAUAUUGGAUGACUGUCAUUCAUAUUCCAUUCACCCAGUUCAAUGUAACAUCGAUAGGCUUAGGCUACUACAUGAUACUUGAAUAUACCCAUCAUGAGGUUGCUACAACCUAGCCUAUGACUGAAAGUUUACAACGUAGAUGCAAUGUCUCUGUGCCGCAUCAUCCUCAACUAGAGUGUGUGUGUGUGUGUGUGUGUGUGUGUGUGUGUCAGUGGUCACCCCCCUCCACCCGCCUGCUACAUCGCUACGCUCAUUACACCCCACCCAAACAAUUCCAAAAUGUUUUCCAGCGACAAGCCUGGCUCAUGAUUUAGUGCCGGACGGCCCGUAUCACUGCAUUUUAGUGCCCUAUUAAGAUGCACAGGAUUUAUGGCGACGCAGCCUCAAGCUACUUAACCAACAGAUAUAACAGUUAGCCAGGGUGGGUGUAGGGUUGCUAUUGGUGACCCGCGAUGCAAAUCACCCCUAUCAGUCGUCACUGUAAAGUGGUUAAUGCCGGCAAUUCAUGGCCCCUUGCACACACACACACACACACACACACACACACACACACACACACACACACACACACACACACACACACACACACACACAAGCGCCUCUGUUGUUUCAAAUGAUCCGCAGGUUUCAAAUGAUCCGUAAAUCAAACUCUGAUUCUGCUCUGCAUCUCUCCUCUGAUUAUUGCCGAUAAACACUAACACACACACACACACACACACACACACACACACACACACACACACACACACACACACACACACACACACACACACACACACACACGUGAUUAAAUGUAUGCAAGUGCACACACACUCCCUAUAUAGCCAGCAUUUGAAUAUAAAAUGAUGAAAUUGCAGGAACUUUAUUCAGAAAACGCUCUUAGUGGGUGUGGUGACAAUGUCCUCUUUUUUUCUCUUGUGAUCAUUAUACAUUACUCAUGUCUUACAUGCCUUCUCUAUGACAUAUCACAUUGGACAUACACACUUGUGCCUAUAACCAGCAUAAGGGAUGGGUAGGGGAUACAUUUGGUUGGCAGACAAAAUGGAGGUUGCACUCUGAGGUCGGACCUCCAUCUAAAACCAGGAAGCAGUUUGUCGAGGCAAGCAGAAAGCUCCAAUGGGGCGUGGUGAAAUAUUGGGUUGCGGGCAUUUAAAACAGGUGUUAUUACAAGCUAAUAUUGCAAUUAGAUGGCCAGGCCAGUUCCAUGAGUGGGACCAUAAAUUCCCAGAGACUGUCAGAGCUUACUGGGGGACCAGUGACUAAUUACUCAGUGUAACCCACACUGGCCCUAACCCCUCCUCAAUUCCCCCUAUCUCCGCUAUCUCCCUUCACUCUUACCUUAAUGGGUCUGCUGGACAUGGGAGUCAUGCCCCUUCUCCCCGCCACCCCCUCCCCCUUCCGCUAGGACCAUUUUGUGGCUGUUGAUGUCAUUCACUCGGGGUGAAGUGGCGAGAGAGAUGGGAGAUGGAAAGAAGCCCCCUCACCAUUCAACGUCCCUUCACUCCCCCCACCCCUCAUAGCUUUCCAUGAUCUGUUCUAUAGUACUAACCACUAGCCAUCCCCUACAGUCUGUCAAUGGACAUUUGUUUAGGGCUGUCCCUGUUGGUGUCGGUUACUGUUUAUGAGUGGCUCGGGAAGCUGUCCACCAUUGGUUGGACCAGUCGAUGGAGAAUUAUGAAAGCUCUCCUGGAAGUAGAUCCCAUAUACUGUAUAUAUUGAAGCCUCCUCAUUUUUCAUAUGAUCAGUAUUAGACUAG